GAAAGGGUUCCUGCACUGUAUUAACUUUUGUUGAACUGUUGCGCAAUAGCCUGUUUUCACCUAAUUGCCUGUGAAAUAUUGAAAUAUCGGCCAUAUCGAUAGCAAAAUCUUAUUGUACACAGUGGGUUUUAGAAAAAAAGAGCAAUGUUUUCCUUGUUUAUUUUUUUUCCUAGAAAAACUUUGAAAAGACUUCAAAGUUUGUUCAGGAAGUGGCAAUUUUGAAAAAAGGAAAAAACAAAAUAAGGAAAUCAAAAGACAAACUGGAAAAGUACACAGGAGAGAGAAAUAGCAGCUAGUGGUAAUGAAGUGGAAAAACAUAGUACGAAAACUCUCUUCCUUAACCUGAAAACUUUGGCGUACAGUGCACUGUGUAUUCUCAGAAAUAUUAAAACAGCUGAUGUACACAACUGGUGAUAGACAGUUGGAGAGAAAGAAAUUUAAUUAGGCGUGUAAGGCUGUUGCCACAGAAUAAAUGGUUUAACAACCUUCCAGAUGAGGCAUUGUUCACGUCAAGGAUUACCUGUUUCCUUGCUUUUGAUCUAACCUUUUGGAUUUAUAACCUCUUUUGACGGAUUAUCAUGGUGUAACAUACCCUCAUUAUAAAAAUUGGGCCCUGUUUAACUUGACAUGGAUUAUUUGUUUGGCUUUGCGACAGCUUUAAUUGACCUUUUGAAUUAGUGAUUAUUGGUACUAAGUUUACCUGUGUCCGUCUCGCGUGUAUGUUCGUUGUCCCAAGGUAUUGUUCCUCUGUCUGAUAAUUGACUUAUUUGUGUAUAUACAGUGGUACUAUUGUGUCAUUGAUUUGAUGACAGGCGACUGAGAAGCAUCCCUCAGAGGCGGACUCCAGAGUCCGAGUGUCCCGAGACAAUUACGGAGGAUCGCGGUAGGAAUGUGGUGACACCAGCAGCCAGAGGAAGUAGGUCUUACACGAAUUCACUUCUUGUGCUGCCAUGAGUUUUUCCUGGAUAGUUAAUGGCCACUUAAAUGAAUUGGCCAAGUCCUUAUGUUGGUUUGUGAUGUGAUAAAAAUCAGAAGUGUUUCUUAAACAUUGCAACACCCAAACUAGUUUGUAUUAUUGCAUUACAGGAAAAGCAACAAUCAAAUCCUGUUUGCAUACUAAUUUGUUUUUGGAUCUGGUUUUCAUUCAAACGAUUCACAAAUUCCCUCAGGCGAUUGUGUUGGUGUAUUUUAAUUGUCAAGUGGAAGUGCACAAUGACUACCAAUAGCCAAAAGCAUGUGUAUUUUGGUUAAAGUGUUAAUGUAACUUGUUAAGAAUGUCGACAAAAUCAAGAAAAAAGGUUGGAUUCGCUGAGGAUGUGAAAUCAGAGGAACGAGAAUCUCGCAGUCGAGGGCGCUCAAAGUUUCGAGAACGACGCUCCAAGUCCCAGGAUGUAAAAUCCAAUCGGAGCUCAUCCCUGUCCAAAAAGCGAGACCACAGUCUGAUUUCUUUGGUCCGCACUGGUUCCAGAGCCUCUGUAAGAAGCCUUGUCAAGCUGUUUGAAAAUGUGGGAGGGAUGAAUGAGGGUCGCAAGAGUCAAAUAGUCCUGCCAGACGAGCGAAGACUCGACCUUCUGAUCCAGCCUAAGCUAACAUCAAGAGACCUGCUAGAUCUGGUGGCCUCUCAUUUCAAAUUAAAAGAAAAAGAGUACUUUGGUCUAUGUUAUCAGGACGAUUCCGGGCAUCAGAAUUGGCUGAAUUUAGACAAGAGAGUUUUAGAACACGACUUCGCUCGCAGAGCUGGAACACUGAUUCUGAUUUUUGCUGUUAGGUUCUAUGUAGAGAGUAUAGCCUCACUUAGAGAUAUCCAGACUGUUGAAGUUUUUUUCUUGAACGCCAAGCAAGCAAUAUUUAAGGGACAGAUAGAGUGUGACAGUGAGACUGUGUUUGAGUUGGCAGCCCUAGUAUUACAAGUCACCCACGGAGAUUUCACGAGUGAGGAGAAUGCCAAAAAUGACUUAAAGAAGCUUCCUGUGAUUCCAACCUACAUCCUGAGAGAGCACCCUUCUAUACAGUAUUGUGAGGACAAGGUGAUAUCUUACUACAAGAAGAUCGCUGGCUCAACGCGAGGUCUCGCCAUUGUCAAUUAUCUCUCUAUUGUUGAAAGUCUGCCAACUUACGGAACCCAUUACUAUGAAGUCAAGGAUAAGAAGGACCACCCAUGGUGGCUGGGACUAAGCUACAAGGGGAUAGCAGUGUACGACAAGACAGACAAAACCACCCCCAGAAAGGUGUUUAAUUGGAAGCAGUUAGAAAACCUGUACUAUAGGGACAAGAAGUUCUCCAUAGAAGUCCACGACACAAAACGCAUCGUACACACACUCAGCAGUUUUAACUUGUAUGAGGACGCCAUUCGAGAGCCCCCUGAUGAGUUUGAUGAACUCUCUGAUGCAAUAUCUGACCCCACGACCCAAGUCUCAGUGAGUCGCCGGACGUUUGGACCUGGGAACGUUUUAGUCCACGCCUGGUUUGGUGCAUCGCCUCAAAUAACGAAAUGUAUCUGGUGUAUGGCCGUGGCCCAACAUCAGUUUUAUCUCGAUAGGAAACAUAAUAAGCCGUCAUUACCUCAGGCUCGCAGUGUCAGCGAGAUAGCGGCCGAAUUAUCUCGCAGCACGUCAUCGUUACAAGGAUCUCUUGGCUCGGACUCGAUAAGUCGCAGCGGGAGUUCUGCAAGUUUACCAAGUCUGACUACAUCCAGGUUUGACUUGAAUUGUGACCCCAGUGUUGAGACUGUGAAAGCUCAGAGAGAGAUGUACACAGCACUAAAGGCCCGAAAGGAGGCCUUAGAGGAGGCGGUCAACAAGAAGUUGGAGGAACUAAAGCAGCUCUGUAUACAAGAGGGGGAGCUGACUGGUUGUCUGCCCUUGGACUACCCCCAGCAGUCUGGGGAGCCCCUCCCGACCAUCAGGAAGAGAGUGGGAACCGCCUUCUCCCUGGCCUCCAAGGUUUCAGACAACAAGACUGACGAUGCCCUGUCUAACCUGGAGCUGGAGUACGAACUCCAGAAGCAGAUCACCAGCGCCGCCAAGAAGCUGUCCCAGGACAAGUCGGUCAGCAAGUACGUCCGCAAGCAGCGGCGCCAGUCUCUCCACAGGGCCCAGGCCAAGCUGAAAGAGAUGGAGAAGAAACUGUGUGAUACCAAGGGUGACAAGGGUCACUUCCUGCCAUCAGGGGUGCCAUCGUUCGAUGGAUCUAACUCGAGUCUACAGGACACCACCUCCCCAGAACUACCCCCCAGACGGAGAAUCGAUCCUUCCGGUGAGGGUAAACCCCGACAGAUCACCAUUUAUAGGUCAGCCACAGCCAGGGAACUGUCCCCGACAUCCCCACCCCCUCUCAGCCCCACCCUCAGCAGUCCACAGCUGAAUACUCUGAACCAAAACAACACCUAUAGGAACCACAUUUUCCCGCCUCCUCUGAGCAGUCGGAGCGCGUCGUCUGGUAGCAACAUGUCCAGCCAAUCAGAAUACGAGAAUGUGAAACGUUACGAGAAGGGCAGCCAGGACAGUGGCUUUAGCUCCAACAAUAACAUGUAUAACAUAAAUACGCAGAGGACCUCACAUUACGAGAGCACUGAUGAAAUCAAGACUCCCACUAAUCCAGAUUUCAGUGAAAAAGUGACUGCAGGGUAUGGUAAAUCUGAUUUACAUGUGCCUCCCAAAUAUGAAGAUUACCGCAAACCAAUUCCUCAGGGACACUACGGAAGUUUGGAGCGGAAUAUUCGACGUCGCGACCGCUGGUCAUACAGAGACAGACAACUCAGUGAUAGUGACAGUACUGUGUUACCUGACCUCGAACCUUCUAAAUUUGGAAGCAAGAGGAAUUCUCAGUCGGAGUAUGACCUAGUGUCAACAAGAAGUAGUGUGAUAGAAGUACCUGUGAAACAUGAAGAAACAGGUACCCCAAAACACCAAAGACACAAAUCGGCCCCAUGGGAAGACUCAGCAUUCACAGAGCCGUCUCCAAUCAUACAGAGUCCUGAUCAGCAGGAGAACAGUUUUGAAAACAAUUGUUACAGCCCUCGGUUACAUGAGGGCUCCUUCUUUGGAAGCAAAGGACCAAAUUCUGUGAAUGACCAAAGUUUUUACCCGGGGAGAUCAGACUCUCCACACUAUACCAAACAGUCUAAUGCUGUAGUGACAGUGACCAAAAUUCAGCCUCAUCGGAACGUGGAGGUGAUCUCAAAACCUUUUGAAAUGUCGGACUUUUAUAAGUACAGUGAGAAAAUGCGGCGGCAGCGGUAUAUAGAGCAGUACCAGCAGCAGCUGAUUGGAGGAUCCCGAUGUAGCUCCCCCUCCCAGCAAUCGACCGACUCAGGGGGAGAGAACUCCUUCUCAGGUUCAAACUCGUCUUUUGCUAACCCUCCUUCGUCAUCAUUACAUACGAGUCCUUCUCAUUCUCUAUCCUCUGUUUCCUGUCGUCCCGGGCCGGGCUCUCCUGCAGCCCACCGGGGCUCUCCAUUCAUGUCACACAAGCGUGAAAUCGACCAAUCGUACGACUCCCCCCCACUUGGCUCCUCCCGAUUCGAGGCCGUCAAAGAACAUAGUUCUCAUGUGCAAUAUACCAUGCAGACUCCCAGUGGUACAAGAGUGUACAAAUCUGUCCAAACUAAACACACUCACUAUCAGCCUCUGACCCCCCAAAAGUGUGACCCCCUAUCCCGCAAUCAGGCCUCAACUCCCAGGACCCACAACAGGCACCGCAAAACGCAGGUGGAAAGAGGUAGCGGUGUGAAAUCGUCUCCAGUUCCGGCCAGAAGAGAGAAGCGGAAGUCUCCAAACGUUUCCAUGGACGCCAGUUUCGCGUUCAGCAAGGACUCAGUAGCAGACGACUUUGGAGAGGAGAUGAUGGCGUGGAUCGACAAGGAAAGCACCAAUCAGAACCCGUCCUUUGUCUGACCAAUGAAAUUUGUUGUUAUUUAUCUGACUAUAGAAAUAAAUUUUUAAAGAAU